AUGCAGCGCCUCACCUCUGCCACCCGGGCCGCCCUGGUUCUCAGCCUGGCCUUCACCUCCUUGCACUCGGCUCGCUGGGCAGAAGCAAGCAGCAGCAACAGCUCAGACUUGACUGCCCAUCAUGCAGAUGCCGGAACCCCACAGCAGUGCCCCAACGUCGACUUCUGCCCACAAGCAGCCCGGUGUUGCCACGCUGGAGUGGAUGAGUAUGGCUGGAUCGCGGCGGCAGUUGGGUGGAGUCUCUGGUUUCUCACCCUUAUCCUGCUCUGUGUGGGCAAAUUAACGAAGCUGACUCCAGAUGAUCCCAAGGACUUGCAAGUGUGA